GGAGAGCCACCCUAAGUGGUGGGAACGGAGCUCGCAGAGGGUGACUUUGUCGCCACAACAGAGACGGACAAAUCGGCAGGUUUUGUCAAAAAAAAAUGGGAGUGCCCCGUGGAACCAAGAACCAAAACCAGCCAAAAGUGGUGCCAAAGCCCACGAAACAGCAGCGGGCCGCGAUGAGGGAAGAGCAGGCGGCCCAGGCGGAGAGCAGAGUCCGCUACGACGAGGCCACCAACCAGCUGAAGAACGGAAACUACCAGAAAGCACUCGACGGACUGGAAAGGGCAUUGGAGCUCCAACCACAUGACAAGCACGCCUUGGUCGCUCGUAGCAAGUGCCACCUUUUGCUUGGACUGGCCCAAGAAGCCCUUCAGGACGCAAACGCAGCUCUGGCUUAUGACAAGCACUUCGUCAAAGCAAUAUUUCAAAAAGCAGAGGCGCUUUAUCACUUAGGCGACUUUGAGCACAGCCUGAUGUUUUACCACCGAGGACAGCGCUUGCGACCUGAGCAGGCUGGCUUUCGACUGGGCGUGCAAAAGGCUCAGGAGGCAAUUGAGAACGCCAUUGGAAGCUGCAGGGAUAAACUAGCUCUCCUUUCAUCAAAGUACGCAGGAGAUUUGGAUGAAAAGAAUCAGAACAAAAGCAACUCCCCUGCUUCGGAGGAGGAGAGGAGCGAAACUAAAGAAAAUAACAAUUUAAAACCUGCAACCCCAUUAAGAACAAAGUCUGCUGCCAGUGGGACAGCAAAAUCGACGCCGUCCUCGGGGAAAAGUAGGACUUCUUCCUCUACAGCCAGCAAACAACCCAGAAAGAAGCAACAUCUCUUGGGCCAGCUCAGCGUGGACCGGGAGUAUCUGGAAAACCUCCUCCAACAUCCAGGUUGA